AUGUCUUUCGGUUUCGGUGUCGGCGACUUUCUUGUCACUAUAGAGCUUGCCCUAAAAAUCUAUGAAAAAUACUACAAAGUUGCCCGGGGCGCCCCCAAGGAAUUUCAGUGCCUGAUACAGGAAAUUGGGAUAUUGCAUCACUCCUUAGAUCUUCUUCGGAAAGAGGCCAACAAUAAAGAAUCCAUCUUGGUGCGUGCUGGAGAUGAGCGAAUGAAGAUGGCGGAAAAAGUCGUGCGUCAGAUCCAUUCUAGCAGUAUAAAGAAAUGGUGGACGGGUGUGAAGUGGUCUGCCGAGGCCUCUGAUCUUGAUGCAUUACGAAAUAAGAUAGUUUAUCACAAUGGGGUUAUCAGUCUACUCCUAAUCUCAUGCGCAAAUUCCUCCAUACAACGGGUAGAAGCAAUAGCAUUGGGGGUUGAGAAGGGGGUCAAUGAUAUCAAGAACAUGAUCCGGGGCCCUGGAGAUGCAGCCCCCACUCUCUCAGCUAUAGAGGAUGACAAAACCUUCACGAUAUCUCUAAGCCGAAACCUGAUGAAAAGUGCAGAGAUCAAUGGACGAAGAUGGAGUGCAAUCGGAGUCGAUGAAUGGAUCCAAGCGGGGAGUUGGUGGCUAUUAAAGUCGCAGAUGGACCUGUACACUGGACCCCGGCUAAAGUGCAAGAUAUCCUCGCAAGGCUAUGCGAACCUCCUGAAGGCAGCGUGGAUAUUGAUAGAUAUUAUUACUAAACACCCACAACUGGACUAUCUUGAGACAAACACCGGGUACGGGGUAAAGCUACUAGUAGAGACAAUACGAAGGGAGCUUGAGAAUGUUACAAAUUCAGGCCUGGUAAGGCCAACAGUUACAGCAUUGAGUACUUCUGAUUUAGCGAUAUGGGAGACACAAGUAAAAGAGCCCACUUUACAGCCUCAUUUAGAAACAAUGAACUCAGGCUUGAGCCGUCAGGCAUGGAUGACAGAAAAUGAAUAUGUUCUGUUUCAACGAUUCGUAUAUUAUCAGACAAACAGCUACUCUAUAGAAAUGCCCUGCAUUGUUCUUUUCCUAAUGCACAAGUCGAUUAAGGAGGCAAAAAUAGUUCUGAGAGAUCAGAGCUGGUUCACAUUAGCCACAUUUCUUGUGAGGGAUGAAACUCCAUGUCCUGUUGAGAACAUUGUGCAAAUUGGAGAUCAGAAAAUAAGAUUUUCGACAACACAAGAUGUUCUUCACCUAUGCGCGAUCUCGGAAGCUGCUAUGGAGUACCUCUUUUAUUGUAAUUUCAACGAGAACGACCUGGAAACGAUGCAGGCGUUUACCCUGCUCUUUUCCGUCAAGAAUAACUAUAGGGAGCUUGUUGAGCGGUUGCUUGAGGACGAAGAGGUUUAUCUAGAGAUCGAUAGGCCCAGAGAGACUAUCAGGGAAAAGUACUCUACCAGAUUACGACGGGUAGCGAAUGAUUUAGCGAGCCAGCCCACCGAAACACAUAAGCCCGUGCAAGGUGGCCCUCCGAACGCUGAAAUUUACCUAUCUCUAUUUCUUUGGUGUGUAAAACACGGUUACAAUAAAAUUGCCAUCAUGGUGGGCGAGGGGAAAGGCGUACACAUGGAUGAGCAGAGUGUAGUUAUGUGCAAGUCUCUACACCACGCUGUGCGUAGUGGGAACUCGGAGUUCGUGAAACUUGUUUCUUCAGAAAAAGACGUUAAUCUAGAGGCAAGGGGUGAUUCAACGGAUGGUUUGGGGUACACGGCAUUACAAAUAUCAGCUAAAACUGGAUUCAAAGCGGCCAUAGACAUUUUAAUAGAAGCCGGCGCCGAUCUCACGGCGGAUAGUUCGCAGUCGUUAUGUUACGCAGUUGAGAACGGCCAUCUAGCUGCGGUCAGAAGGCUUCUCGAGGUGGGUGGAGACGCCAAGGUAGUAGGCUCGAAAGCUCUAUGCAACGCAUUCGAUAAAGGCCGCUUAGAUUUGGUGGAGUGUCUCAUCAAGGCUGGUGCCGAUGGUGUAAAGGUUUUACGUCAGGCAGCUAGGAACAGUCACCUAGAUACAGUCAACAGGCUCCUGGAUCCUGGUGCCGAUGCCAAGGCAGAUGAUUCACCGGCAUUAAGUCAAGCAGCUGAGCGCGGCCAUCUGGAUAUGGUCAACAGGCUCCUAGAUGCCGGCGCCAAUGCCAAGGCAUAUGAUUCGAGGGCGUUGAGCAACGCAGCUGAGCGCGGUCAUCUCGAUGUGGUCAACAGGCUCCUAGAUGCCGGCGUCGAUGCCAAGGCGGCGCGGUGGGCGUUGAGUCACGCAGCUGAGCGCGGUCAUCUCGAUGUGGUCAACAGGCUCCUAGAUGCCGGCGCCGAUGCCAAGGCAUAUGAUUCGAGGGCGUUGAGCAACGCAGCUGAGCGCGGUCAUCUCGAUAUGGUCAACAGGCUCCUAGAUGCCGGCGCCGAUGCCAAGGCAGAUAAUUCGUGGGCGUUGAGUAACGCAGCUGAGGGCGGUCAUCUCGAUGUGGUCAACAGGCUCCUAGAUGCCGGCGUCGAUGCCAAGGUAGAUUAUUCGUGGGCGUUGAAAGGGGCGGCGUCAGGCGGUCAUCUCGAUGUGGUCAACAGGCUCCUAGAUGCCGGCGCCAAUGCCAAGGCAUAUGAUUCGAGGGCGUUGAGCAACGCAGCUGAGCGCGGUCAUCUCGAUAUGGUCAACAGGCUCCUAGAUGCCGGCGCCGAUGCCAAGGCAGAUGAUUCGAUGGCGUUGGGUAACGCAGCUGAGGGCGGUCAUCUCUCUGUGGUCAACAGGCUCCUAGAUGCCGGCGCCGAUGCCAAGGCAGAUAAUUCGUGGGCGUUGAGUAACGCAGCUGAGGGCGGUCAUCUCGAUGUGGUCAACAGGCUCCUAGAUGCCGGCGCCGAUGCCAAGGCAGAUGAUUCGAUGGCGUUGAGUAACGCAGCUAAGGGCGGUCAUCUCGAUGUGGUCAAGAGGCUCCUAGAUGCCGGCGCCGAUGCCAAGGCAGAUGAUUCGAUGGCGUUGAGUAACGCAGCUAAGGGCGGUCAUCUCGAUGUGGUCAACAGGCUCCUGGAUGCUGCAAGUAUCAAUCCACUCUUAGACCCGACCAUAUACCGCUCAAACCUACCACCCCAACCAGUUAAGAUGAAGUAUUUAUUUAUCCUGUUCUACCGGGGCCAUGAUAGAGUAGGUACUGGUUUGUGUGAGGAUUGGAGAGAAGUGGAGUUGAGUUUAUUAUGA